CCGGAAUACGGUCAGGUUACGGUUAUAAUUCGACGUAGACUGCCCGAAGACACAGACAAGUUCGAUCGAUUAAAGGGUCAGUUGAUGUCGUAAAUCGGUGUACUUGUCAGCUUGUACUCUAGUGACAAUAUAACAUACACAGUUCCAAAGGCCAGACAGGACAUAAUUCCGCGUUUCACAUACCGUCACGCUCUGGUGACUCCACAUGGCCUACUGUACUGAAGACAUUGUGUCAAGGUCUCAAUGGGGAGCGCAGGACCCGACUGGCAAGGAGACUAUGAAAACUCCUGUCAAGAUUGUUUUCAUCCACCAUACUGCAGGUGGACGUACCACAUCCAAAGAAAAAGGCAUGGAAAUCACUCGAGGAAUUCAGGGGUUCCACAAGGAAGAAAGAAAAUGGGCCGACAUAGGCUACAAUUUCCUGGUCAAUGAAGGUGGUCACGUGUUUGAAGGGAGAGGCUGGAGUCUAGUAGGUGCCCACACUAAAGGGAUGGAAUGCUCUUUCUGUUGCGUUCUCUAUCAUGGGGAAACUUUGACGAGUACAAGCCAGAUUCCCCGCGCUGUAAAGGCAGUAUUAGAUAUGAUUCAGCUUGGAAUAGACACCGGCAAAAUUUCCAAGGACUAUAAAGUGUAUGGCCACCGUGAUGUAGGCGCAACAGGCUGUCCAGGAAAAUAUCUUUAUGAUAUUAUCAAAAAAUGGGACAAAUAUUCUACAGAAAAACCAAGCAAAUGAUCUCCACGAAUACCGUAUAACGGAAAAAUUUAGCGGGGCUUUAAUUUCGCGAUAUGGCGUGUCCGCAUCUAGAUCGCCAAAGUUUAACCCACCAAAUUUGUACACCGCCAAUUAAAAUGACGGGUGACGGGUGGUGCAUAUUGUUGGCUGUUGCCUGGCAACUGUAGGCAGAAGAUAUGUAAUCUACAUGUAGGACGAUUUUAUUUCUGUCUAUCUAUCCAAUCGGUCAUGUGUGUAGAAUUUGAUACCUUUCCAUGAUUUACCUGUAUUAUCUAUAUGCAUAUAGACUCACCUGAGUUUUGCCGGGUUCCUUGACGGCAGUUCAAAUUCUGAGUUGGUUUUUUUUUUUUUUUUUGCGAAAACAAUUCACAAUUGAAUACAAUGUUAACACGUUACCUGUACAUAUACGUAUCAUAGAUGACCGGCGAUAUUAUACGGUUGAAUGAACACGCUUCAUUAUGCUAUUCAUUUAGCUUAUAUUUACUUGUACGUACUAUACAGGUACUCAUAAAAACCUUACCUUAGCAAAUCCCCUGAUAUUUGUACAGAAUAGAAUUAUCUACAUGUUUGAAAUAUAUGCUUAACGAAAAAUUAAACCCUACGUUUAGUAGAAACCGCCAUAAUUCAACCCGCCAUAAUUUAUGUUUCAGUUUUUAAUGUCCAAGUCGUCAAAUAUUAUGACUGUGAAAACUUCACGCUAUACGGUAUAGUGUUUUUGUGAUGUCUUUUUGUGACAAAGUCAUAAAUCUGUAAAUAUUUUACCAUCAUAUACACAACAUACCUGUGAAAACUGUUGUAUAAUUGAUAAAUUCUUAAAUUAAUAAAAAAAAAAAAUUAAGAUUACGUCAGAUAGUAAAUUCAGUGUGUUUAGUGUAUCGGUUUAACACUGCUCGUUAUGUACAAUGGUCAGUUAAUUGUGUACGGCUUCAUACUUUUUUAUCCUUCAUACCUGCUGUGUAACAAAAGCAAAAUGCGAAUUUGUAGUUAUUUGUUUUAGUUUUUAUAAGUCACUCCCGUCUUUUGAACAUUUUUGUAACGAAUGUUAUAUUGAUUAUUCUUGAUAUUAUUUUUUGUCAUGUAACUCCCAGAUUGUUUCAUGAUAUUUUACGUUAUUAAAAAAAUAGGUAGUCAUAAAAAGCCAUAGUCUUGUCUUGUGUAAUCGUUGCAUACUAUUAAAGACAGGUAAAUAUAAUGUUUAACAGUAACAUUAAUUCUAAGUUAUCAUUUUGUUGUAUUGAAUUAAAAAUAAGUAAAAGCAUCUACAAGCAGAACAAAAUUUGUCCACAAUAAGUCAGACUCAUUAGAAAUAGUCCACACUGGCUCAGACUCAUUAAAAAAACGUCCGUACUAAUUUAGAUCCAUUUAAAAUAGUCCAUACUGACCUAGAAUAAUUAGGAAAAGACCACACUAACUCUGACGCAUUAGAUAUAGUCCACACUAGCUCAGACUCAUCACAGCAUACCGCGGCGGUAGUCGAAUUUAAAUCAUUAACUCAUUAAGAAUAAUUCCAACUAACUAACUCAGACUCAUUAAAAAUAGUCCCAACCAACUCUGACUAAUUAAAAACAUUCAACACUAUAACUCAGACUCAUCAAAAAUAAUCCACACCAACUCAGACUCAUCAAAAAGUUUAUAUCAAAGUUCUUACAUACAGUUUUAUCUAAUGUUCCGUAAUAGACAAGGUUAAGUUGAAUAAUCCAUACAAAAUAUUAUGCUGCUUUCUGGUCCUGCGGGGCUUCAUCGGUGAUGUUUUGGGCAGUAAGGUUAGUUGGAAUUUCAAACAAAAUUAGCAAAACUAAUAUCAAAAUAGGGAAUAGGAGUUUCAUACCCCAUAAUUUAAUCAAUUUGCUAAAGAACGAAUAUUGCCUGUUUUUGUUAUGAAUACAUGUAUCAUAUUAUAUGCUUGUACAGAACCGGACAAAGAAAAUGAUUUCCCUUGAUCUUAUUAUAACUCUUAAUUACAAAUAAAGCUAUACACCAU